AUGGCUUGUAUGGGCGUGUGUUCGGGUGCUUCUUCAUCUGAGCCUGUUCACAGUGAAGUUGUUCACAAAGUUGGCGACUCACUUGGGUGGAGCAUUUUUGUGAAUGGAGAAGAUUACAAAUCUUGCAACACAAAAUCUCCUCUAGCACUCUAUGCUGCCGGACUCGAUUAUAUCCCUCUUGACAAACCUGGGGACUAUUACUUCAUCUGUGGUAGAAAUUUCGAACCAGACUGGUAUGCUAUGACUCUCAAGGAACUAGGCCACUGCCAAGCAGGACAAACACUUCACGUCCGGGUCACUUUACCAGUAUCAGAUCACCAUGCCAUUGCAAGUCCAAUUCCAGCACCAGCGACCCAGUGA